AUGCGAGUAUUCGGCUGUCAGACAUACAUACUGACGCCUAAAGAGAAUCGACUCAAGUGGGAUCCAAAGGCUCGCGCUGGCAUAUUCGUGGGCUACGAAGAAGUGUCCAAGGCAUAUCGUGUAUUUGACAUUGAGGCGGGGCAGGUGGUUAUCAGCCGCGAUGUCAACUUCGACGAGUCCACCUUUGGACUUCAACUGCCGAUCACUGAUGAAGAUGUCGAUGACCUGGACUUCGAAUUGCUGGAUCUUGAUGACGAAGAGCUGCGUCGAAUGGAGUACAAGCAAACAGGCAAGCGCAAGAACCGACUCAAUGAUGAAGAUACAGCAGCUCCACGACCGCGUGCAGUGCGUCAACGACCAGGACUAGAAGAGUCAAGCGCGCCGGAAAACAACUCGUCACGCCAAGAAGAAGACGAAGAAACGAAGGAUUCUGGUGAUUCAACACCGCCUGUGUUUUGGCGUGCGAGUGCAAAUGCCGUUGAAGCAGCAGUGGACUUAUCAGAGCCCUCAACAUUUGAAGCAGCAGUAAGCGGCCCUGACCAAGUGCACUGGAGAAAAGCAAUUCAUGCAGAGCUCGAGUCAAUGCGACUUCACGGUGUGUUUCGUGCAGCCAAGCUGCCCAACGGACAACGCGCCAUUGGCACAAAAUGGGUGUUCAAGAUCAAGCGCAAGGCGGAUGGAUCUAUCGAGAAGUACAAGGCACGACUUGUGGCCAAGGGUUUCCGCCAAAAGUAUGGCAUCGACUACACGGAGACGUUUUCGCCUGUGGUCAAGUAUGUGACGCUGCGAAUGGUCAUCGCCAUUACCAAGCACUUUGGAUGGCCCCUCGACCAGCUCGAUGUGGUGACUGCGUUCCUGUAUGGAGUGAUGAAGGAGAAGGUGUUCUGCGCUGUUCCGGAAGGCGUCAAGAUGGAAGGUGAUUUUGACUGUCUCGAGCUGAUCAAGGCGAUCUACGGUCUCAAGCAAGCCUCGCGUGUGUGGAACGAGACCUUCGACGAGUUCAUACGCUCGAUUGGUUUUCAAGCGUCGGGAUUCGAUCCAUGUCUCUACAUCAUGACUUCGGAAGGCCAUUGUGUUUUUGUGCUGGUCUACGUGGACGAUGUCUUGGUGACUGGAAGCUCGCUCGAGAUGAUUGCGCGCACCAAGAACGACCUCAAGACACGCUUCGAGAUGACGGACAGCGGCAAGUGUGCCUUUGUUCUUGGGAUCGAGUUAUUGGACGGUGAAGAUGGCAGCGUGACUAUGUGUCAGCGCCGUUAUGUCGACGAUGUCCUCAAGCGCUUUGGAAUGGAUGAGUGCAAGGCUGUGGCAAGUCCAGUCGACAUGAGCUCUCGACUUGUUUCAAGUGAUGCAACUACCAAGGUCGAUGCUCCUUUUCGCGAAGCUGUUGUUAAGCGUAUCUUUCGCUACCUACAAGGCACCAAGACGCAUGGAAUUUGCUACAAGCCAAGUGCAAGGAUCGACUUCCGUGGAUAUUCGGAUGCGGAUUGGGCUGGUGAUCUUACCGACCGCAAGUCAACAUCGGGGUACACGUUCAUGCUACUCGGUGCGCCAGUCAGUUGGGGCAGCAAGAAGCAGCCAAGUGUUUCGUUGUCCACGAGUGAAGCCGAAUACAUCGCACUCAGCUUGGCGAUUCAAGAGGGCAAGUGGAUUCAUCGUCUGCUUUGUGAGAUCGUGAUGGCUGCCAAUAGAGAAGGACCGGAACUCAUGAUUCAUGAAGACAAUCAGUCAUGUAUCAAGAUGACGAAGAACCCAGUCAACCACGGCCGUGCCAAGCACAUUGAUAUCAAGUACCAUCACAUCCGUGAUGAGGUCAAGCGCGGUGAAGUGAAGCUCAAGUACUGUGAAACUGCGGUGAUGUUAGCGGACAUCAUGACGAAGGGACUUCAUGGACCACGCCACAAGGAAAUGACGACGGAUCUCGGGAUUCGUGAGCAUUCGGAUUGA